GUUUAAUGCCCCAAAUUUUCUGGGCUUGCAUGACUUGCUAGGUUAAAAGGUAGUUAAGCCUGUUUACGAUUCAGUAUAUCAUGCAAAAUCAACCCAUGUUUUUAAAAACUUAGAGUUACACGGCACAUUGUGCCCUUUAUUGGGCCAAAGUGGUGAGGGACUGGGUGGUUCAGCCCCCAUGCUGUGCAAAUUCAGGCAGUCGUGUGCAUGUAGUUAGCCAUAUAGCUGAGGGCAAUGUAUGGACUCUAUUUAGUGUUCAUUUAUAGUAAUCUGAUAAAUGACCUUAAAGGUCAUUGUGAAAGUAAACAGCAAAGAAGAUAUUCACAUAUGUGCUGGUGCUCCAGAUGAAUUAGAAUCAGGAAUUGGCUAAAGGGAAUUGGAAGCUGACAAGCUAUAUCUGUCUCCCUGAAGGGUGGGACUUGAAUGUUUUCUGCUCCUUUUUGCAAACAUGUCCUGAGUACAAGCUCAUUUUGAACACUUGGUUAGGUAGGAGAAUGCCAUUAAGGCGCAAUCCUCUGUUACUGUCUCUUUAAGACGGGGUGGGCGGAGGGAAGGAAGGCCUCGCGCGCCAGUUUCGACCCGUCGUGGACAGAGCUAACUUGUCAGACACGAGAGCGGUGAUAGAGUUUGGAAAGGAAGCUAGAGUGGCGCUCAACUCAACUUCCUGUCAGAAGGGAACGGUGCCGUUGGUUGGCCCUAAGUCUCCAGGAAGCAAGUAGAGAGAUAAAAUCCUAGAGCGCCACCCGUUUUCUUCCGGAGGCGCGUUUGCGGGUUCAGGUCAGCGUCGUUAAGGAGGGCUAACAACCCAAAGAAAUGGAUCCUAAGUUGCAUGAUGUUCGUUAUACAGUUAAAGAAGCAGUUGGCACCUUAUAUUCUUCCAGAGAUAGUACCCUAAUCCAGAAGACUUUGUGGACAAUCAGGAGGUACCUGGAUCAAUCUGAAAAUCCACCCUCCAUGAAAGAGAAGGAAGCAUUUACUCGCAAUUAUUUUACUACCUUUGUUCAGUGUCUGCUCAGCAACUUGAGUCCUGAUUGGCCAGAGCAAUUUCCAUCAGAGGAAGCCAAAGAACUGUGGGCUAGCUUUUUCAUUGAUGGACCAGCAGAUCAAUCUUUUAUGGUUCUAUUAGACACUAUAAUUUCUACAGAGCCAAGUUUUCGUCUGAAUAAAACAGUUGACACCCUGGAGCAAUUCUUGCAGAAGUCCGGACUCUCUGCUCUAAUAUGGGAAACCUGCAAGCAACACACAGAAACCGGUUCUCUAGUUCUGCAGGAAGCGAUCCUCAGCAAAGUUGUAUGUUUACCUGAUCACUUAGCGAACAAACUCCAGGGAGACAACCGACCAGUCUUCUUCCCUCAAAAUUAUUUUCCGUUGCUUGGCACGGAAAUUGUCCAGGUGAUGGAGAGGAUUUCUGGUUCGCUACGAGGUGGCUUGGAUUGUUCCAUCUCCUUUGUAUCUCAGGUGUUAGGAAAGGUCUGCGUGCAGGGAAGACAAAAAGAACUCUUGAACGUGUUGGUGCCUCACCUAGCCAGUCGUACUCAGUCUGAUUGCAUCUGGCAGAGAAUCUGUUGGCGACUGUUUGAGAGUGUGCCAGAUCGCUGGAUGGAAGCAGUGGUCUGUGGCUUGGUCCAGGCAACCUCAGGGCCUGCUGUGUUGUCGCGAUUGCUGGGGAAUUUGGUGGUCAAAAACAAGAAGGCCCAGUUUGUGAUCACACAAAAAUUGUUGCUACUUCAGUACAGCUUUCCGACCGAGGUGCUGCAGACUCUCCUUGGAUACCUUGCUCUGGACAUCACACGGCGUUCCUUACUGACCAAAAUUCUGAGAGAGCUGCUGGAGACCUGGAGUAGCAGCAGUGCCGUGAAACACUCCCCAGCCGAGCAGCAGCUGUACAUUAGCAAGGCCAUCCUCCUCUGCCUCUCUCACCUGAAAGAAGAAGAAAUCUCAACCAACCGGCAAGAGCUACUUACCAGCCUGAUGGAAGGGAUGAAAUGCCACCUGGACAGUAAUUUGCCCCGGAUCCGUCGGAUGGGGAUGGUAGUAGCAGAAUGUGUCAGCACCAGGAUAACGCCAGAAGGGCCUGCCUUGGAGUUUCAGUAUGAAGAAGAUGAUGAGAUUAAAGAACUGAAAUCCUUGCUAACUCAAAGACUGGAAGAGACUUCAGAUGCUGAGCCCCCAAACACUGGGGACAGCAGACCCAGCAUUGCUGCUCUGCAUUCCAGUGUGACGCCAGACUUGGAUACUUCUGAAGAACCGGAACAGGGAGUUGACUCUGAGCUCGAUAGUGAUGACGACCUCGUUCCAUAUGACAUGUCACAGGAUAAAGAGCUGAAGAAAAUCAGAGCUCCCACCUACAUCAGGGAUUGUAUUGCAAUUCUGACGGGGCCUGAAGAUGCAGACAAAUAUGAAGCCGCGGUGGGCGUCCUGGAAGCCUUGAUCCGAAGAGACACAGCCACCGCUCAAGAGUUGAGUGUGGAAUUGGCAAAAGUCUUGCUCCACCUGGAAGAGAAGAGCUACAUUGAAGGGUUCGUGGGGCUUCGGCAAGGUGCCUUGGUGGCUGUUACUGUCACAGACCCCAUCCGAGUGGCUCAGUAUCUAACCUCUGAAUUCUACUCCCUGAAUUACAGUCUGCGUCAGCGUAUGGACAUCCUGGAUGUGCUGGCUGUGUCUGCCCAGGAGCUGUCCCGGCCAGCUUCACCUCACUCCAAACAGAGUCCCAGGCGGCCCAGGAUCCAAGUCCUCCCCUGCAACUCUUCUUCUCCAGACUGGCAGAAAGUGGUGGAUGAGAGGAUCAGAAGCAAGACCCGGAGGUUUGCAAAGGGCCAGUCUCAAGCAGAACCAUUGUGUACCCCUAACCAGUUUGCUCCAGUGGCUGGCUAUUUCUUCUUCCCACUUCUUCGGAACUUUGACAGGCCUUUAACUACCUUUGACCUUUUGGGGGACGAUCACCUGGUCUUGGGCCGGCUGGCACACACCUUGGCAAUUCUCAUGUACUUUGCUGUCAACGCUGUGGUAGCAACUGCAAUGGGAAAGGCGUUGCUAGAGUUCGUUUGGGCCCUGCGUUUCCACACUGACACAUACGUGCGGCAUGGUCUUCUGUCUUCAGUCUCCUCCAUACUCCUCAGCGUACCUGCUGAGCACCUUCUAGAGGACAUGACAGAGGAACUUCUAGAGACUCAAGCCUGGCUGGCAGAUGUUACAGAGAAGGACCCAGAUGGUGACUGCAGAAAUUUAGCCCUGCAGAAUCUACUACUGAUGGAAAACUUGAAAAAAAAAGCUUGAAACAGCUCCUCUACAGUGUAGGACAGUUGGAUCAUAAAGAUGCUCUCCAAACAGCUGGUGGCUGCAAAUGACCCAGGCCCUGUAGGAGGAAAGGUCAAAGGGCACUAAGCUGGAGGCCAGAGACAUCUGGACUUAGUAUGGAACCUACAACCCGCAGGCGCUGUUGCUGAUGCACAUGUAUUCUGUCCUAGUUAUUUAUGGGCCUAGCCAACUUACCAAAAGUCAGAAGCAAAGUUUUGUAACUGCUGGGUAUUUUUCAGGGGAAACAACCACAUUUGCUCAUUGCGCCUGAAUCCUGUUCAUUAUGAAUGGGUUACAGUGAUCUGCUUCCAGGUGUCCUUUUAAGAGUAGGAAUUGAUGAUGCCCAUCCUAGAAGUUGAAGAAGGGGAGCGGUGCAUGUAUUUCCCAAGCCAAAUGACGGAGAAAGGUUUAAAGGCUGUGCUAAGCUGUAACAGGCUAUAUUUUUGUAAGGGGUCCAUUCUGUACAAGUGGUUCAGUGGCAGAAGAAAGUGAAUCCUGUUGACAAAUUCAACCAGCUUAACAGGAGAACUUUGUUUAGACUGCCUGUAAUUACGCUUGCGCCUGCUGUCAUGAUUACUAUUCUGCCAUUCCCAACCUCUUGUCCUUCAUAUUUUAUGCCAUACAAAAUGAUGCAAGACAGUUGUGUGUCUAAAAUAUUUAAUACAAAUCCUAAGAUCUCGCUGACGCCAUCUCUGAAUAUUUUAGGAGAAAUGUAAAACCUGUGUCUUUGGACCCUUUAGGAAACGCCAAGCAAAUCCUAGAUUUCAACUCCUGACUGCCCCCAGCUUACUUGUCCCUAACGAAGCAAGGCCGAGUCCACUGGCUUUCCCCUAACAGUGCAGGAAAAAGAGUGCUGUGCCCAGAGCCCCUG